AAUUCACCAAAUCGUCCUCCCUCUCUCUGUCUACCCCUUCGCCCCACUCCCCCAGAGAAGCCUAAAAUCCUCACCGUCCUUCGGAAUGUAUCCGAUUUACCAUUUUGCCACUGCUCUCUUGCUCCUGCUUUUGGUGGCGAAGCCCGGUUUUGGCGCUUUAGUGGAGGAGCAGCCACUGGUGCUCAAGUACCACAACGGUGCUCUUCUUAAGGGCAACAUCACCGUCAAUCUUAUUUGGUACGGCAGCUUCACCCCUAUCCAGCGGUCCAUCAUCGUCGACUUCAUCCACUCCCUCGCCCCCCGGCGUUCCCCACUCCCCUCCGCCUCCUCCUGGUGGAAAACCACCGAGAAGUACAGGGGCGGCGCCACCAAUCUCGUCGUCGGCAGGCAAAUCCUCCACGAGGCCUACUCUCUCGGAAAGUCCCUCCGUAACCGACACCUGGUGGCCCUCGCCGGCAAAGUCAACGCGUUGAACGCCAUCAACGUUGUUUUGACUGCCAGUGACGUGGUGGUCGACGGUUUCUGUAGCCGCUGCGGGACCCACGGCUCCAACCGGGACAAAAAGACGGCUUACGUGUGGGUUGGGAACUCGGUGGUCCAGUGCCCCGGCCAAUGCGCCUGGCCCUUUCACCAGCCCAUAUACGGCCCGCAAACUCCGCCGUUAGUGGCUCCGAACGGCGACGUCGGAGUUGAUGGCAUGAUCAUAAACAUCGCCACUCUCUUGGCGGGAACCGUAACGAAUCCGUAUAACAAUGGGUACUUCCAAGGGCCGGCCAGCGCGCCGCUCGAGGCGGUUUCUGCCUGCACCGGCGUUUUCGGAACCGGGGCCUACUCUGGGGAUCCGGGUCGGGUCCUGGUGGACAAGGCGACCGGGGCGAGCUACAACGCGGUUGGGGUAAACGGGCGUAGGUUCCUAUUGCCAGCCAUGUGGGACCCGCAAACGUCUGCAUGCAAGCCGCUUGUGUGACCGACGUGGCAAGCAUCUGUAGCGCACGUGAUCGUGUAGAUAUUAUUAUAAUAUUAUAUAUUAUUAUAAAAUGUGUUGCACCGGGAGGGUGGAUAGGGUUAGGGGGGUUUUGUACACACUUCAAGUCUGUCGUCUUGCGUGACAUGUAAAUCUUGUUUCCUGUCUUAAGAAUACCUUGGCAACUAAAACCUUACUGAUUUUAAA